AUGUGGGCAAAAUCGCUCUCGGCUGCAAAGGAACCGGCGUGGCAAAAGGCAUAUCUCGAUUACAUGUUUCGUUUGCUCGAUGCGUCUGGUGAUGAACUGGUUGAUCUUGCCGAGUAUGUCGAAGUAUUAGGCUAUUUUUCAAUUCCGCGAGCAGAUGCUGUUGCCUGCUUUGAUAAAUUUGCUGUGAACUCGUCUGGUGUGCACUUCAACUCGAUUGAUCACAAAAAGUUCAAUCACUUGUGGCAGCAAUACUUCCAUUCAACGGACAUCUUCGAUGAAGGAAACCACCUUCUUGGCACACCACCACAGACGAGUCAACGAGCAUAA